AUGGGCAUCAGCGUCCUCACCUACGCCCUCGUCUCUACCCAAUGCCUAAGUGCUUCCAACCUCUUGGCGGCGCCCAUAACAACCUCUAGCGUCGUUCACAGUAGCUCAGGAACGCCAAUAGCACUCCAGCAAUGCCCAAGCGUCGCCAAUAGUGCCCUAGCGGUGCCCAACCAGUUGCCUAGCAUCGUUGCCUCGCCUCCAUCGCCUGCCAACCCUGUGUCUGGCCUGGCCAUCAUGCCUAGCGUUGCCAUGCCUUUCGUCCUGGUGUCAUCCCUGUUCGGCGCCAAGCUUUACUUGGGUUCACCAAAGCUUCUCCGCCAUCAUCUCUGUCCAUAA